GUGGCACUGUGGAGAUCCGCUUCCUCGCACUGUGCAGUCGUUGAUCACCACUAGCAGCAGAGGUUCGUCCUAUAUGAGCCAAGAUGGCCGAUUUCGAAGAACAGCUCUCUGAAGAAGAGAAGGUCCGCAUUGCUGCUAAUUUUGUCAUCCAUGCCCCACCUGGAGAAUUCAAUGAAGUCUUCAAUGAUGUCCGGCUACUGCUCAACAAUGACAAUCUUCUCAGAGAGGGGGCAGCACAUGCCUUUGCCCAGUACAACAUGGAUCAGUUCACCCUUGCCAAGCUUCCAGGGACCGAUGAUCAGGUACUGAUCACUGAGCACGGAGACCUGGGCAAUGGGCGUUUCUUUGACCCUCGCAGCAAGCAGUCGUUUAAGUUCGACCAUCUGAGGAAGGAGGCCAGCGACCCGCAGCCCCACGAGGGAGAGGCGUCUCUCAGGCCUUGGAGAGAUGCGUGUGACAUCGCCCUGUUGGCCUAUGUGAAGGAGCACUACCCCAGCGGCGUCUGCACUGUUUAUGGGAAAACUAUUGACGGCCAGCAAACUAUAAUUGCUUGCAUUGAAAGUCACCAAUUUCAACCGAAGAAUUUCUGGAAUGGUCGUUGCAGGUCUGAAUGGAAAUUCAGCAUUUCCCAAUCUACAGCUCAAGUUGUCGGAGUUCUCAAAAUACAGGUGCAUUACUAUGAGGAUGGAAAUGUGCAGCUUGUCAGCCACAAGGAUAUCCAGGAAUCCAUCACCGUUAAUAAUGAGACUCAGGCUGCAAAGGAGUUUGUGAAAAUCAUUGAGGAUGCAGAGAAUGAAUACCAGAUGGCCAUCAGUGAGAACUACCAGACCAUGUCGGACACCACGUUCAAAGCCUUACGCCGGCAGCUCCCUGUCACCCGCACCAAGAUCGACUGGAACAAGAUCCUCAGCUACAAGAUCGGCAAGGAGAUGCAGAACGCCUAGGGGACAGCGUUUCUCACUCGGCCUGCCAGUGUUACUGCAAAAGACAAACUGAGCAGGCGAACGGGGGUGUCAGGAACGGAGGCUCCGCUGGGGGUUGGGGGGGGGGGGGGGGGUGUGGUUCUUGUAAAAUGUGCGGUCUAAUGUGUCCAUUUCACUUUGUUAAAGAAAGCCACGGUGGCGUUAGUAUGCUUCCUUGGGGCGCGUUAAGAGUCGCUGCCUUUGUUUAAAGAGGACAUUUUGUUUUUGCAGGGUUGUUUAGCUCUGGCUUAUUUGCUGAUGUUUCAUUUGAACAAAUUGCCUUUAGCAACACUGUGAACAGUUUGGUCAAUCGGUCACGACUUCCUGUGCGCAAACACACACACAUACUCAUGUUCACUCACUCGUCUGAUGCUUCAGAAUCAUGGGUCACACUCCCCAUGUGGUAGAAUGGAUGUGUUUUCCCCAGGUAGCAAAUCUUUCGGUUGUCUUUCCAAACUCUUCCAUAGGAGGCACUAUGGCCAGGAAUCAAACAAAUACAGAUUAAACCACAUGCGCUGGUUGAUCUAUUUAGGUGAUUUCUGAUCAAGUAAUCUUCUGCUGGAUUUCCGGCUGAUCUUUGUGAAUGUCUAAGAAAAUGCCUUUUAAACACCUAUUGCUUUGCACAGUUCAUUUAUCUGUGUUAGACUGAAUCCUGUUAUUUUCAAGUCUUUUGAGUGGGGUGGGGUGGAGGUGGGGGGGGGUUGACUUAAUAUACUCAAACAAAGCAUAGAAUUAACAGCCCAGUCUCCUGUUAUCUUUCCCUUGCUAAAUAUGGACUUUUACCUGUUUAUUUAAAUCAUUAUUUUAGUCACACAGGCUCAGUUUACAGACGUUUAAUCAAGCCUGAAGCACAGUACCAUUACUAUCCUCGGUCACUGAUUAGGCCAAGUUAAUAUAUUAUAUUCCUAUAUCACCCUUACCUUCCACGCCUUCCUUUAGCUUUUUGCUAUAUUUUUAUACAAAAUGUACGAACAAACAUUAAAAAAGGAAUAAAGAAGUUGCACCAAAUCCUAUAAAUAUUCUUCAUCAUUGAUCCGUUUCACAUACCAGUGUGGUGAUAUGUGCUGAUUUGGAAACUCAUUAUAAUCAGAAUUGGUGCCAAAUGUGUAUUUGUAAGUGCUGAGUAGCGCUGAAAAUAAAGGGACAUAAUUUAAAGAAGCAAAGAUUAUUGUAUAUCACUUUAUAUCAAGAAGCACACCUUGAAAUGCACCUCUUAUGACCGUUUGCAUCUGUAUAAUAUUUCAUCUGUAUUGUGUGUGUACAUUUUAACAUGUACAAUGUGUAAAACCGUGUUGAUGGACAAUACACAAUUAUUCUGCCAUUUUC